AUGACGGACCAGUCGCCUUUUGACGUCGAUGUUGAAACAAUGACUCGAUUUGUCAUGGAACAGGGAAGGAAGGCAAAAGGGACGGGGGAGUUCACUCAGCUUCUGAAUUCCCUGCUAACCGCAAUCAAGGCCAUCUCUUGCGCUGUGAGGAAGGCCGGCCUUGCCCAUAUGUAUGGAAUUGCAGGGUCUGUGAAUGUGACUGGAGAUGAAGUCAAGAAACUGGAUGUCCUGUCUAACGACCUAAUCAUUAAUAUGCUAAAAUCAUCGUACAGUACAUGCCUACUAGUGUCAGAGGAGAAUAAAGAAGCAAUAAUUGUGGAACCUGAGAAGAGGGGGAAAUAUCUGGUGUGCUUUGACCCAUUGGAUGGUUCUUCAAACAUCGAUUGCCUGUCAUCUAUUGGAACCAUUUUUGGUAUUUACAGGAAAGAUUCCACUGAGUCUCUUACUGAGCGUGAUGCUCUUGAACCAGGACGGAACAUGGUGGCUGCUGGAUAUGCACUCUAUGGCAGUGCUACUCUAGUAGCACUCUCCACGGGACAAGGUGUCAACUUCUUCAUGUUAGACCCAUCUAUAGGCGAAUUUAUUCUUGUGGAACAGAAUGUAAAAAUAAAGAAGAAAGGAAGUAUAUACAGUCUAAAUGAGGGCUAUGCCAAAUACUUUGAUCCCGCACUCACAGAAUACAUCCAGAAGAAAAAAUUUCCUGAGGAUGGCACUGCUCCAUACAGUGCAAGGUAUAUUGGAUCCAUGGUGGCAGAUGUCCAUCGUACCUUGAAGUAUGGGGGAAUCUUCAUGUAUCCUGCCAACAAGAAAACUCCAAAAGGAAAGCUUCGCCUUAUGUAUGAAUGCAACCCAAUGGCCUUUAUCAUGGAACAGGCUGGUGGAAUAGCCACUACAGGAACCCAGCUGGUACUUGAUGUGAAGCCAGAGUCUAUUCAUCAGCGAGUUCCACUCAUCAUGGGAUCACCUGAUGAUGUUGAGGAAUAUCUUUCCUGUGCAAAGAAACACCAAACUACUGCAUGA